UUAGAGCGUGGUCUUUCUAAAAAUACCAUUGAAAAUUAUACGUUUGAUGUUGAAAAGCUGUUGUUGUUUUUAAAUCAAAAAGAAAUUGAGGUUUCACCUAUUCAUAUUUCUGAGGAAAUACUGCAGCAAUUUAUUUAUGAAAUGGCAACACAAGUAAAUCCAAGAAAUUAUCGGAAAGACACACCUUUAGAAUUAAUAGAAGUUCCUAAAACUGGUAGAAAACUUCCCGAUACACUUUCUACAGAAGAAAUUGAUAGAUUAAUUGCUGCGAUUGAUUUGUCUACACCAGAAGGUGAACGAAAUAAGGCAAUGUUAGAAACCUUAUACAGUUGUGGAUUAAGAGUUUCAGAAUUAAUUUCAUUAAAAAUAUCUGAUUUAUUUUUUGAAGAAGGCUUUGUUAAAAUCACUGGUAAAGGAAACAAACAGCGUUUUGUUCCAGUAGGGAAAACUACUAUAAAAUAUAUUACUCAAUAUGUCAAUCAAAUACGGGUACAUUAUCCUAUUCAUAAAAAUUUUGAAGAUACCUUAUUUUUAAACCGUCGUGGUAGACAACUUACAAGAGCAAUGAUUUUUACUAUUAUUAAGAAUUUAGCUAUAAAAAUAGGCUUAAACAAAACAAUAAGUCCGCAUACUUUUCGUCAUUCUUUUGCAACUCAUUUGCUAGAAAAUGGAGCCGAUUUGCGUUCGAUUCAAUUGAUGCUAGGUCACGAAUCUAUUACUACUACCGAAGUUUAUAUGCAUUUAGAUCGAAAAUAUUUGGCA